CGGAGUGUUUGUCGUGUCCGCCCUCCGUCCGGGGGUCAUGAUAUCAAGCGGGAGUGAUGGGAUAUUUGGCCUUAUCCACCAAAGCAGCACCUCAUGGGAAGCACGAGGAACCGUCGUUCAGUUGUUGCACACGGCAUACAUACGGUCACGGAUCACAGCAUUUUCAGAAAGCAGGUCGCGUCUACUGACCUGACCGAGUCGAGCCUCCUGAGGUCUUUUACAUUUCGUGUGAAGGCCACAGGUGUCCUGACGCCGGGCUCGCACUCGCAUUUAGCCGCUUCAGCGGAGACAUGGCGGUUAGGCGGACGGAGAUUGAGCGAACAAAAGGCUGCCAAAUCUGAUGCAUUCGCCGCUUACCAACCACCAACCGCCCCCUCUCUCUCAGAAGCCCGAGGGCAGGAAUGGGGGACAUUUGGAACUCCAAGCAACAAGUUACAACGCUCAAAACCGGCCGUCCCGCUCGAAGGCACGACAAGCGAACUCGAGGGCCAGCCAGCCUCUGCACCAGGGAUGGGCUCGAUGAUGCAGCUCGCGGCGUGCCUUGGCUGUGCGUGUUUUUGUAGAUAGCUUGGCCCGUGAGACGUGUGCACUGCGAGGGAGAGGAGAUCGGACUAGGCGGGGGGCGGCGAAAAACCAAAGAGGGAGAGCAAGGAAAAACGACAGGCGAAAAGACUCGAGUCGAGUGGCGGCGCGCUGGGGUUGUCACUGCAUGUCAGUCGCCGCCGCUUAGCUCGACCUAGCCGGCUUCGGGACGGGAGAGCCUCAGUGCAUUUCGCGCGUGCGCUCUCCACUC